AUGCCUUCGAUCAGCUGGAAUGCUCAUGCGCCGUCCGUGGCGCAAGAUCAUAUAGGAACCUAUUUGCUUGAGUUCUUCAACUGUCCCAGUACCUUAGGCGAAGCCAUAACUCGCAUGAAGCACAAUUUGUACUACUACCGCAUCAGUUACUCCAUGAUCACCCUCUUUAUCCUCUUGAUCAGCGUCUUAUGGCACCCUCUCUCCAUCGUCAUCUUCGCCAUCUUCUUCUUUGGCAUGUUAAUAGGUCACUGCUGUAACCAAGAUUUGAUUGAGCUCUUAAAAGGGUUCUUGACUGUUCUUUGGGUUGUCACACCUUUUGCUCUGCUCUCUACCGGGUUUUGGCUGAAUGUCUUGGUCUCAAUCUCGAUUGGUUGUGUGGUUGUUGGAACUCACGCCGUGUUUAGGAGUACGGAUGAUCAGUAUGUGGAGCUGCUGCCAUAA